AUAUUUAAAUUUGUAUAUAGAAGGAAAUAUUCAAGUAGACGUUACUCUAUGUAAUACCCUUAUAUUGACUCCACAUUCCUCUCGUUCUACGUUCUCUGCCUUUGUCUUCCAACUCUAGCUUUCCUUCAUUCUUCUUCUACAUACAUACAUACAACCCACCAUAGUUUCUCGAUCAUCACUUCCUCUCUCGUCUCGAUCGACCAAUAUAAUCUAUCAUUUCUCUUUCAUUUUUGAGGUGAUCGAUCAACAAUUUCUGCAUCAUAUAAUACUGUCAUUAAAUUAUAUGAAAAAGUUUCCAAGAACUUCAUGAUCGAAUUCAUGAACUUUGGUUAGUGAAAUUUUGUGAUUGAUUUGCGUUAAAAGGAGGAAGAUUAUAGCCAGGAGUACGUCAAAGAAAUGGGUUCUUUCUCCACCCCAAAUGAGACUAGACAACGAUCCUACACAUCAAUUGAAGACAUUUAUAAAAGGAAGUUGCAGAGAAGCAAAGCAAAAGAUCCAGAUAAACAAUCCAACAUAUCUAUCCAAGACAACAACAACAACAACUACAAGGGUGUGAGGUCAAAGUUACCCCUCUUGAAAGUUGCCCUACUCAUCAUUGUCUCUGUUACAUUCAUCACUAUCUUUUUGCACUCUCCACCCUUCUGUACUCAUCAUCACUUAUCUUCAACCUCUAUCUUCCGGCCUAGUUUAAUGAGAAGGUGGAUAUGGGGUAAUAUCGAUCCUAGAUACCUAUCACAUUUACAGAUUAAUUGGGAUGACAUCUCUAAAGUUCUUGACAAACUCAAUGAAAAAGAGUACCAUUCAAUUGGCCUCUUAAACUUCAACAAAGAUGAAAUCAAAUCUUGGAACCAGAUCAUUCCUGAACUUGAACAUACUGUCCUGAAUCUAGACUAUGCUGAAGAAACUGUUACAUGGGAAUCGUUGUAUCCGGAAUGGAUCGACGAGGAGGAAGAGGAAGAUGUACCACUUUGCCCCUCGUUGCCAAAACUCGAACCACCAAGGAAGAGACUUGACCUUGUUGUCGUGAAGCUGCCUUGUCGUCAGGGUGAACUGCAGAAUUGGUCGAGGGAUGUAGCUCGGUUGCACUUGCAGCUUGCAGCAGCUGGCCUUGUUACCUCGGCCAAAGGGAAUUACCCUGUUCACUUGCUUUUCAUCACAAACUGCUUCCCAAUACCAAACCUGUUCCCUUGUAAGGAGUUGGUCAAACAUCAAGGAAAUGCAUGGUUAUAUAAGCCAAACUUGAAUGUGUUGAGAGAAAAACUUCAGCUUCCUGUUGGUUCUUGUGAACUUGCUCUUCCUCUUAAGGACAAAGAGAGGACAUACAGGGGAAACCCAAGGAAGGAAGCAUACGCGACAAUCCUACAUUCAGCUCAUGUGUAUGUCUGUGGUGCCAUAGCAGCUGCUCAGAGCAUCCGUAUGGUAGGGUCCGAUAGGGACCUAGUCAUUUUAGUUGAUGAGUCAAUAAGUGCAUACCACAGGAGUGGGCUCGAGGCAGCAGGGUGGAAGAUCCGGACCAUACAAAGGAUAAGGAAUCCAAAAGCCGAAAAGGAUGCAUACAACGAGUGGAACUACAGUAAGUUCCGGUUAUGGCAACUAACAGAUUACGACAAGAUCAUCUUCAUUGAUGCUGACCUUCUCAUACUAAGAAACAUGGAUUUCCUCUUUAGCAUGCCAGAAAUAUCAGCCACAGGAAACAAUGCAAGUCUGUUUAACUCGGGUGUCAUGGUCAUAGAACCCUCAAACUGCACUUUCCAGCUUCUUAUCAAUCAUAUAAAUGAAAUAGAAUCCUAUAAUGGAGGAGAUCAAGGGUACCUUAAUGAAAUCUUCACAUGGUGGCAUAGAAUUCCUAGGCAUAUGAAUUUUUUGAAACAUUUUUGGAUAGGUGAUGAGGAAGAGAAGAAGCAAAUGAAAACUAGGCUGUUUGGGGCAGAACCACCCAUACUGUAUGUGCUACACUACCUUGGGAUCAAGCCGUGGUUAUGCCAUAAGGACUAUGACUGUAACUGGAACACAGAUUUCUUACAGGAGUUCGCAAGCGAUGUUGCUCAUGCAAGGUGGUGGAAAGUUCAUGAUGCAAUGCCAGAGAAACUUCAGGAGUUUUGUCUGUUGAGAACAAAACAGAAAGCUCAGAUUGAGGUGGAUCGAAGGCAGGCUCAGAAAGGGAAUUACAGUGACGGGCAUUGGAAGAUAAGGGUUAAAGAUAAGAGGAUGAAGAAGUGUGUUGAUAAGUUGUGUAACUGGAAGGGUAUGUUGAAGCAUUGGGGUGAGAAAAACUGGACUGAUGUUGAGUCUUAUGCUCUACCACCACCUUCUAUUGCAGUAACACCUCUUUCUUAAUUGCAUUCAAUCAGGGUUAUUUUUUAUUUUAGAUUUUGGAAGACAUUAUGUAUUUUUUCGCGGUAUACUUGGAUUUUGUUUAGUAGUAGAGUCUAUACAAACUACAAAAAGCCCUUCAUUACAAUAAUCUGCCUCUUCUCUUCCUCCAUGCCAUAAUAGAGUAGAGGUUUCAGAUAUUAUAUCAGCAUUUUUUAAGUCAAACAUAAUACAAGUUAGGAUAAAAUUUCCAAAUA